GAGUAUAUCAAGGGACUCUGUGAACCUGAACUAGAAGAAAAGGAGUACUACCCAAAGGACAUGCACUGCAUCUUUGUUGGUGCACAGAGCCUGUUUCUCUACAGUCUGAUUCAGGAUACCUGUGCUGACAUAACAGUGCAGGAAAUGGGGUUGCUCAGUAUUAAGGGGGGUGCAGAAGCUGUUGUUAUGGCUCAGAGUCACGUUCAGCAGUUUGUGAAGCUUUUUGAGAAUAACGAAAGCUUAUUAAAUGACAACGAAUCUGAGAUUAAAAAGCAAUUCAGACAAUUUGUGGAAGCACAUGCAGAUAAAUACACAAUGGAUUUACUGAUUUUGCCUAGUGCACUAAAAAGAGAGCUCCUAGCUCUCACCCAGCCUGACUGUGGUGAAGUGGAGAGCAGUGUCAUAGAUCUUACAGGUUCUGAGAGUCCAACAGAGCUUGUGCACAACAGUGCCUCCAAAGUAGUUGCUACAAACAGAGAUGAAAGGGCAAGUGGUGAGGAAGCAAGGAACAAUGCUGGCACACCUGUGACUGAGCUUACCAAACAAAUGGACACUGUGCUUUCUGAUGCUUCUGAAACAAAUUUUGUUCCUAUAAAUGAUGUGUCUCUGCUAGGGGCAGAGGCAUUUAAAGACAGGCAUUCAUGUAAAAGGAGAUCUUCUGAUCAUGAGGAUAGGCUCCCUAAAAAGCAUUUCUCUUUGGAAAAUGAUCAGCAGGUGAAAUCUGCUUCACACAAUGAUCCUUCAGACAGCGAUGCAGUUUUUGUUCUUUCUGAUGACUGCAGUGAAUCAGCUGAUCCUGCUUACUGCCUUAAAGAAGGUGAUGAUAUCAGUGAGGAAAAGGAAUAUAAGAUUCUUGUGAACUUUUUCAGAACAAUGGGAUAUUCCCAAAAUAUUGUAGAAAAAGUUAUUGGUAUCCUCGGACAAUCUGUGGAACCAUUAAUAUUGCUAGAAGAAAUCGAAAAGGAAAACUUAAAAUUUCAGAAAGAACAUGGACAAUCAUCUCAAAAGCCUAGAACUGUCAGUCCUCCCUUAGGAAACAAUGCAAAUAAUUCACAGAAGCUGGAAGACAAAGGCAUUUCUAGGAAUAAAAGUCCACUUAAAUCCAGUCAUACUUCAAAGGAGACAAAUAAUGAAUAUCACAAAGUAAGAGAUGUACCACACUUGCAAGUGGAUGGAGAAGAUAAAAUUCAUACAUCAGUAUGCAAACCUGCUCCCCCUUUCAGCAAAAAUUCAGCUGUGGGCUGUAAACAGAGAGACACUUGUUGCCCUGGUAAGAAUGACAGUUCUAGGUCAAGUGAUACAGAAACUGAUGGUGAUGUAGCUUUCGUCAGUGUACAAGGUGGAACUCCGCAAGAUGUUGACUUUAUAGCCAGAGGGAGCUCAGAUGGGCAGCAUGUCUCAACAAAGAGCAAAACUGCAGUUCAGCAGAAGUCUGCAGGGCCCUCAACUGUACUGAACAGUCAUCCUGUUUCUGAGGACCCACUGGGACACUGCAGCUCUUCUCAAGAGAGAACCAACCAACGCCUUUCCCAAACCACUAAUUGUGACAGUCCUACCCCAGACCACUUACUGUCUUCACAAAGACAUCCUUCAGAUCCUGGUAGAGACACAGUGGGACCACACAGACGUCAUCCUGACCCUUCAGUCACUGGAGUUCAAAGGUUUUUGGACUCUCUUAAGAAGCCAUACAAACUGGAGUUGAAAAAUGAGCCUGGGAAACCAUAUUUAAAACAUAUCAUUAUUGACGGAAGCAAUGUUGCAAUUUCUCAUGGCCUGAGGAAAUUCUUUUCCUGCCGAGGAAUUGCAAUAGCUGUUGACUACUUUUGGAAACGUGGCCACAGAAAUAUUACUGUCUUUGUUCCCCAGUGGAGAACGCGACGUGACCCUUUCAUUACAGAGCAGGAUUUCUUAACACAGCUCCAGGAUGUUGGAAUAUUGUCUUUAACUCCUGCAAGGAUGGUUUUAGGAGCAAGAAUUGCUUCUCAUGACGACAGGUUUUUAUUACACCUUGCUGAUAAAACUGGAGGUGUUAUUGUGACUAAUGAUAACUUCAGAGAAUUUGUGACAGAAUCAUUUGCCUGGAGAGAAAUUAUUCAGAAAAGGUUGCUCCAGUACACUUUUGCUGGUGACAUAUUUAUGGUUCCUGAUGAUCCUUUGGGAAGAAAUGGACCCAGAUUAGAUGACUUCCUUCAAAGUGAAGCCUGUUCUAGGGAUUUUUGGUCAGCACAAAUGGCUUUUCAGGACAGUGGACAAUAUUCUUCUGAGACACCUUUCUUCAUGCCCACACCAAGCAGCAGCAGUAUGUGCAGACAGCCCAGCAGAGCACAUGGUGAUGAUUCAUCCACGUGGUUUCCACUUCAAACAAACCUAGAGCCUUGUCUAGCAAGAGAUCCACCGCAGAGAUCUGCCCCAGAAACAGUACGGCUAAGAGAAGCCCUGAUAAAAAUCUUUCCUGAUUAUGAUCAGAGACAGAAGAUUGAUCAAAUACUUGCUGAUCAUCCAUUCAUGAGAGAUCUCAAUGCACUGUCUGCCAUGGUGCUUGACUGA